AUGGAAAUUUAUCUCGAGACACUGGAACGACCCAUAAAUUUACGUACUUUUCUAUCCGAUUACCAAGAAAAACUGCCCAAGGCAACUGGCGCGACAGAGACAGUGCCCUUCUUCUUUUCACCAACCUCGCCAGUGUCUGUGGAUGUGGAGAAAAGUUGCUCAUUGGAUUUGAUUUCAUCGCCAGACGAAAACUUAAUCCACAUCUUUCAGCCCGGCGAUGAUAUCAUUCGCUCAAAUUUAGUAAAGCCAGCGACCGAUCGAGAUGUGCCCAAACUCUACACAGCCCUUAGCGCGCACAAGGAAAACUCUCGCAAGAGUUCCUUCGGACGCACCCAAUUCAGCUACAGACUAAUCCCACCACCGUCUGCAAAUAAUAGUGUACCCGUGGCCAGGCCACUGGAAUCACCCGAACUACAGAUUACAGUCCGUUUCUACCGACCAGCACGGGCGACGCAUAAAGGCCUGAAGUUAGAAAGUCCCGUAUUUGCUGAGGAAUUUGUCUGUCUUGGCAGCAACUAUCUCACGGAGCUGCGCGACAAGAUUUUCUGCAUCUGCAAUGGCAAACGUUUCGUGGACGUUAGCAAUGAUCCGGAUGCACCUUUGCCCAAUCUAGAAACCAAUCCGGGCUACUUCUUCAUCUACGAUACCUUUUAUAACGACAAACGCAAUCCGGACAAUUGCGAUUAUUCGGAGACGGUGCUCCAGUGGGCCGAAAAGGCGCAGGGCUUGCAGGGCGAACAGUUCAAGGUGGCAAAUAUGGAGAGCACACGACUCAUUGACCUCACUGUGAGACCGGGCGCACCUCUGCACUACCUGCACCAUGGAAGCUGCGAGCACCUGUUUGUUUUCUCACAAAUUGAAGUCCUGCCAGCCCACGCCAGUCGCCUGCUGGACAACAGCUUAUAUCCGCAUGUGCGCGCCCUUAACAUCUACAAUCGACGCAGCUGCUAUAUGUGCGGCCUCCGUGGCUACGAGUUCAUUGUCGAGAAGUCGCUCCGUCAGCUGCACGAUCCCUCGUACCUGUGCCGCAGAUGCUUCCUAAGCUUCCACUAUGUGAACGGCGAGAAGGUGGGUCAAUUCCAGGCCUAUCGCAUAUAUGAUCGCCCCGAGUCCUUGGACGAGGAUGCAAAGGCCACAGAAGAUGGCGGUGAUGCCAUGGAUUUAGAAGCAUCAUAAAACCCUCAAAUAGAUGCAAACGAAUGUGAUUUUGUUGUAUUUUUGGUUUGGUUUUUAUUUGCGAACUCGGUAGACAGCAAUACAUUCAAUGAGUGUUAUUUGAUAUAUUCUUAUAGUUUUAAAUAAAAUACAUACACAUUGUAACAAGAGUAAUUGUAAUUGGCGUUAAACAGAUUAGAUUCAGUUUACGUCAAGCUGCCUAAAUUCUGUUCGGUGCAACCAUAUCUAGAUUAGCAAAAAGAUUUGUUUGUGUCGACGCUAGGAAUCAAUAAAAAUGCGAAUACUUGUACGUACAAUAAUACAUCAUUA